ACUGUUAAAAAUAGUGGUCGAUAGGUGGCGCUCUUGUGUGUUUCAUUCAUUUCACCUCUUCGCAUGUUUACCUAGCACCAGCGUGUUUUAAAUCCUUUCUGCCGAUUAACGAAAAGGUUUUAUUUUAAGAUGGUAUUGACACGGAGACAGAGAAAAAGUGGUAUAAAUGUAUCACCAGCAGUGGUACCAGAAAAGAAAGACACAACAAAGAAAAAUAAAUUCAAAAAGAAAGAUACAUCACCAGCUAAGGCAACAACCACAAAAGAAACAGACAAUUCAGGGGUUACUUUGCCUGUCAAACCUAGAAUAAGUACAACUAAAAAGGACUCGAGAAAAGCUUCACCUAGGAAAGAGUUGCAUGGAAAAGUGCAACCUGAGAAUAAGACAGGGAAAAGAAUGACUGGGAAAGAUGACACAUCUGAUUGCAAAAACACCUCAAGUAGCCAAAAAUCCAAUUUAAAAAAACAAAAUAAACCCCAAAAAUAUGAAGUUGAAGAUGAUGAUGAACCUGCAGACAUUAAUAUUUCAACAGAACUUUCAACUUCAAAUUUUGACUUUUCAAAGUCAUCAGAUGAAAUAGAUGGAGAUGAAGAAAGUGACAGUAACAAUGAGGACAUUGGUACCGACAAUGCCAAUGAACAUGAUGUGUCAUCCAAACCAGAAGAAAGCAAUUUUCUGAUUUUAAGCCCUCGAGUCAAAGGUCAGGAACUCCUUGAAGAGUUAUCUGAUGAUGAGGCUCCUGAAUCGAUGACCUUUGACACUGGGAGAGAAACAGCCCUUGAAACAUUACAUCAAGCUUUUAAAGAAUCGAUCAAAGUUAAGUCAAAGAAGAAGGAGAAGAGACGAGCUCAUGACACGAUGAUGAAAGAACAGGCAAAAAAGAAGAUGAAGAGGUGUGAAGAACUUGACCGCAAUCGACUGCCAGAAACAAUAAUCAAGUAUGUUUCCAUAGAAACUAAUGACAGGCCUAAACAUUGUGAGCAGGCGCUCAAUGAAAGUGAUGGAGAAGAUGAAGAUUUCCUUGAUGAUGAUGAACGUGACGAACUAUUUGGAAGUGAAGCAGACGAUGAUUAUGUGAAAGAAAAACAGGGUUUCCAGAUCGUUCCGCUACAGAAGUUUUCAAAAAGGCCAGUGGUGAAAUCAAUGGCAGCUUCUAACUUCCUCAAAGAACAGUUAUAUGGGAGUAGAGUUCCAAGAGUCUCAGCACCAUCACACAUGUCUAUGUUACUGAAGAAAUCAAGACAACCAGCUGUGAAUUUCAAAGUGAAAGGUUUGCCAGUAACAAAGAAAGAAAGAAAACAAAAGAAAAAUAACUGGGCGAACCUUAUAAAAUGAACACAACGAAGAGGGUUUAGUUAAUAGCAUGUGAUUUCCAUGCCUGCUAUUCCAGGGUCCUGGAUUCAACCCUAUGAAAUCCCAUCAUAUUGAAGUAAUUAUAGGUAACAUAUGACUUCUGCUGCUGAUUGUGUCUGUUUUAUAAUUUUGAUUAAAUAAUUUUAAAUAACCAUCAUUUACUACUAGGUAGAGGGUGUGCGUCCUGAAAUCGAUGUUUGUAUUGCGCUCUGAAAGAAACAAUGUAAGAUGGCAUUUAGAAAUUAUAUCAAAUUGUAAAUUAGUUUGCGGCAAGCAAGUAAAAGAUUUAAAACAUGAAUACUUUACUUCUCUGAACCUGACAAUAGCUUACAGUGUUUGUUGAGAAGUUGUCAAUACGUUUCUUUCUCCACUUUCGUUUCCAACGGGUUAUCACAGCAUUUUUGACCUGUUCAUAGUAUAUUAAGACAUAAAUUUGUUACUUUUAUGAAAAUCAAGUAUUAAAAUAUUACUGAUAAAUACAUAAUUUUAUGAAGAAAUAAUUUGAUAGAUUAUUGAUAAAAUUUCAAAAUGAAAAUAUUGUUAUUGUUGUUAAUAAAAACAAAGUUACUUUUUCAAGAACCUUGUCAAAUAAUUUAAAG